CCGUCUCUCUUUUCCUCGCUCCGGCGUACACACACGACGCGUACGACCGAGCCAGGAGUAGACAUGGGCGGUGGCAGAGGGUACGGGGGACCUGACCGAAAGCAAAGCCCGUAACCCCCGUUUGCGGGCCGAGCCCACUUCAGACACGCCGUGUCCUCCGCGUGGUCCACAUCAUCCUGUCCUGACCGCCUCUCUUUUCUCUCUCGCUUCCUCCGCGCGCUCCGUCUUUCUCCCCAUCUCUUUCCCUCUAUCUCUUUCGCGCGCGCGCGUGUAUCUCGCGCCGCGCUCUCGCGCCCUUGCCACGUUCUGCUCGCUGGUACCUGUGCUUGUGCCGCGUCCUCCCUCUCGCCUCCGCUUCGUCGACGCUCCUCGUCCUUCUCCUCGAGCGCGUUCGCUGAGCGGCCGACCGCAGUUUGCGGUCUCCACCGCGAGUUUGCCCUCGCGUCGCGCGGACCUGGCACUCCGCCGGCUACCAGGAGUAGCUACACGUGCUCCGCGCCACGGAUACGAGGUGAUGAGCACCGGCCUGCCGAGAAGAGGAGGAGACAGCCGAGGAAUCAGUCGCGGGACUGCGAUUAUACGACGGCGGCUCUUCCCAAAGCGCCGGAAGCUGAGCGCGUGAUUACCAGUGAGUCCAUCUAAUUGUAAGUGGAAGUGGAUCAGCGAGAACAUUGUUACGAAGAUUCCUCCGCGAAGACGUUGCAACCGAAGGACGAUUGAUCGACAAGACUCGACAUUGGGAUGUUGCUUCUGUGCGAUCGGUUACGAGUGUAAUCCGGCUGCCGGGAUGGUUAAGCCGUGAUCUCGAUGAUUGAUCGGACCUUUAAAGGGCCCAAGGAAUGCGUGCGUUCUCCAAGUAAAGGAGGAACAUCCACCUCGCGAUUUCAUCGAGGACGGUAGACUGUACGUUGCGCGGCUACCGGAGCGGAAUAAAAAUAGGGGGACGUCGCACGGAAGGAAGCGCCGAGAUAAAGAGCGGAUCAUCGGUUCACACGGCGAAAGGUGGUUGUUGAGAGAAACCUUCCCAUCAUCUGACGUGUCCUCGUAGGUGUACCAUUAUACAGUCAACCUCUCUCCCUGCUUCCUCUCUGUCUCUCUUUCUAUCCGUCUUUCCGGCUUUCGUGUCGCAUCUACGUCUCAUUGCCGUGAAAGCGGAGUCACUUCCGGCGCGAGACGAGCGCGCGACGACACGUCAGGACGGCGACGUUUCGUCAGGACUCGAGGCGCGGCAACGCGACGACGGACGUGCAAUGCCGGUGAACUGAACCGAGGCGAGGCUCGGGGUGGAGCGAGAAGCGUGGGGCACCUUCGACGCGGGGCCCAGUUGCGGGGGAGGUCCUCGAGGAGAUCGAAUGCCACUCGGAAGCUGAGGAGUAUCACGGACCGAUAUCGUAAAAAAUCAACAGAUACGGCACGUGACCGCCCGUCGCCAUGCCGCACACUGGACAAGCCGGGGUGAAUCAAUUAGGCGGCGUCUUUGUGAACGGCAGGCCGCUGCCGGACUGCGUGCGCCAGAGAAUCGUGCAGCUCGCCAUGGUCGGCGUCAGGCCGUGCGAUAUUUCUCGACAGCUACUCGUGUCCCACGGCUGCGUCUCCAAGAUACUCACGAGAUUCUACGAGACGGGAAGCAUCCGACCUGGCAGCAUUGGCGGAAGCAAGACGAAGCAAGUGGCUACGCCGACGGUGGUGAAAAAGAUUUUACGGAUGAAGCAGGAACAGCCGACCAUGUUCGCCUGGGAGAUCCGCGAGCAGCUCGCGCGGCAGGGAGCUUGCGACCCCCAAAGCUUACCCUCCGUAUCGUCGGUCAAUCGUAUUCUCAGAGGUGGUGGGCUUCAUACCGAUAUCCCUGCCCUCGAGAGCGGCGCGUCCGGCGGAUAUACGUCUCAAAUUCCAUCGAACACCGGAGCCAGAGACGCACUCAUGAGAACGGAUUAUCAGCUGUUCUAUCCGGGCGCCCUAGGACCGUUGCACAUUUCCACGAGCACCGGCAACGCCGGCACACCGACGUGGAAUCAGAGCUUCUACUCGUCCCUCUAUCAAGCGACGACCUUGCACUUGCAGCACGGAAUGCAAUCCUUCGCACCUUUAGAUGCCGAACGUUUGUCGGAGCAAAACGGCGCACAGAACCAGUUGGAGCUGAAGUCGAGCUCGAGCUCGACGGCCGGCAGCGACGAUUCGCUGGACAAGAGCGACCUGGACGAGAACCUGGUCGAGUCGCAGGACCACUACAAGUCCUUUCGGAGCACGCCGAUUAUCCUGGAGCUCAGCCAGAAAAUCGGCAGCGAUCGGAGCGCGUUCGUCAGGCACGGCACGCCCAAUUCGCACGCCGCGAACUCGGACAAUCCGCGCGAGAGCCCGAUAUCCAUCAUCGAGACGUCGAAGCGAGAUCCCCCGGCGUCGCACAGGAUCCACGAGGCGAAGAACACGAGUCCAGGUACGACGAUGACGACGAAUGAGGGAGCGGCGGUGGAGAAUCAGCCGCCGCAGCCGCAAAAGAAGAAGAAUCCCUACUCGAUAGAGGAGCUGCUCAAGAAGGACGAGAGCAAAUCCACGUCCAGAAGGCCGAGAUUGCCCAACAUCGGCGUAGUCCAACCGUGCGGCAUCAUCGUGAGCAAGGAAGUUUAAGGAUGCCUCUCGCGUCGAGCAUCCAAAGGCUGUUGGAGCCAAGCACACGUUGCUCUUGCGUUAUCUACGUCAGGUAUGGACUGUAUCGAGAUUUAUCAGCGGUGAAGCCUUCUCGCUCGGGCGAACGUUAUACAGUGUGAGCGUACACCGUCGGCCGUAGAUACGUGUGUAGUAUUAACGGGUGCAAAGAAAAAUUGUACGAUAUAAAACGCAUUUGAUGAAAGUCGAGCGACGGAUUCCAGGUAGUGGAGAAUUGAGUCGACGCGUGUACUUGAAAGUAAUUUCUUUGCACCUGAUGAGCAACCCUUGCGGAUACAGUGAGAGUAGCGAAUGUCUUAGAUGUCUAAUUUAGAAAGUAAGGAGUUUGACAGAAGAGAUCAGAAGCAGAUGGUUUUUCAAGCUUCUUAUUCCUCCGUCGAAAGGGAAAGGGACGGAGAACGCGGCUGUUCUGUCAAGUAAGAUGCGAAGAUAGCGCCAUAUGUAAUAUUAGAAUCGAAAAACCGUAGUGUCAAGCAUAACGUAGUGAGGUACAUAUAAUCCUCGAGUAAGUUAUAACUUAUAAUUAAAUUAUUUUCAUUCCUCCCGUUCCGCGUUGCUAAUCUCGACCGCCGUUUCUCCCUGGCGAUCGGCACACGGCUGUUAAUUGCUUCGUGAAUCUGCGAUUUCGCUUAUAGCUCUGUAAUUGCGUACGACUAGCUAAGACCGGCGGAGGAGAAAAAGAAGUACUUGGAAAUUUCAGGGGGGAAGUUUCCAAUACUUUCACUGAUUUAUCUUGAAUAGUCGAUCGCGAAUCGCUGGCGGUGAAAUAUCAAUUAACGUUGCCGGUCUCACCGCGCCGGUAAUUACCAUGCCAACGUAACGCAAGAAAUUCAGCGCUUUCAAGCGAUCGCGUCACGCAAUAAAAUUCGACACUCGUAACAUUCCACCUCUGGGAGUCGAGGCAUAACUCCGCGCCCACGUAAUGACCGUCGACGCGAAGGAAAACACGAUAUACGUCCGAUAAAAGUCUCGGCGGACGACGGAAAUGUUUUAAUCUAGCAGAGCUCGAGAAGCCUGCACGGGCGGCUGAAUCUCGAAGCGCGUCUUUGGCAGCCCGCUCGGAAGAGAAGGCAAUUAUGCGUCCAUGUCUCCAUUGUAGUUCGCACUUUAGAGCCCGGCCGCGAAAUAGCCGCGCGAUGCCGUUACACGCGGCGCAAUUAAACGAAAGCCUAAUAAACAAACGGCUGUAAAGCACGCGGGAUGGAGAUAUACACGUAAGAAGCCGCGGUGGCAGCGCAGUAAAGCCAUAAACGGUUCGGUUGAGGGUGUCAUACGUGGACACGCCGUGUGUAUACCUUGUAAAAUACGACGAUACGUCGCUCGCGUAAAAAGGAGAAAAAAAAGAGAGAGAGAAGGAAAUUAAAUAGCGGUGUUACCGAGCGGCCGGUAGGGCCUCCCCCAACGCCUCCCCUACCUCUACCCUUUUGCAUUUACAACGUUGUAAACCUUUGUAUCUCGUUCCUCAUCGCAGACUAAUUAAUGCACUAUAAAACUCUAGUGCUUUAAUGCUGAACGAUUUGCUCGUUUUGCUCCCUCACGCCCGCCGAUUGCAUGCUCGCGGGCUAUUUCGGGGUGACGUCUCGAUCCUCGCGCGUUUCUCGCGCUUCCUUCCACUUGCGGUUCCUCCUUCCUGCAAAUCGACUCGACAAACCGUAAUAUGAAAGGAAACGCGGGGCACACCCCUGUACUUACACUGGCUGUCUUACAAGCGGAAGCUAACACGCUGAACGCUCCAACUUCCCUUUUAUUUGCCAUACACGGAGAUUAUUAGAUGUUAAGAUGAGUGUAGAGCACGUCCUGUGAAAGGAAGAGGCCCGUUACUCGUGCAGGCAUUCGCCUGAAAUAUUUAUUUUAGAUUUAGAUGACGUGAAAUUAUAUAUAUGAGCAUUCCGUGCGUCAAAUAUCCCAGUAAUCCAGAAAAGGGACACGGUAAAGUCAAAAUUUGUGUGUUCCUUGUUAAAAAAACAAUCCCUAGACAUUCGCCGCGAGAUUUCUCGACGUCGUUGCACAGAAUGCUCAUACAGAGAUUUGACAAUUAGAAUAAUAGUUCUGUACAAUAAUAGUUGCGCCCGAACAGUCUCGUUGGUCCGCAAACUCCGGAAAAUGAUCUCUCUAGAGUUAAAAUCGAGAAAGAAGAGAAAAUUAAAACGUUACUCGAACCGCGAUUUUAAUCAAACGAUGCUAACGCAAAGAGUGUUGAAGAUACAUUAUACGGAUUCGUUAUAGCUUCAGGUAUUGUCGCUGCAGACCUACGAAGACCAUCGCGUAAAAUUAUGCAAGCUAUCGAUUAAAUAAUACUCGUAAUAUAAACUUAUUCUGUAUGAUAUCAUUAAAUACACUAGUCAAAAUGAUACAUGCACCGUGUUCAACUUGCCUGUUUUAUACCCAGCGUGUUUCAUGCCUACGUCAACAAUUACAUAGAAAAUUAUAGCGAUGUACAGAAAUAGUCGCGUAUCAAGAUGCGCGUCGUAGUCAAUGCAUUCAUAGUCUUCGACGACUGUUACGAUCCGACAACUUCUGAAUAAUCAUUAAUUUUUGUCGAAUGUUAUGAUACUGUGCACACCGAAGAGGUGCAUCCAUUUACAUGCAAAUUAUACUUUUUUACACAUCUCGCCGAAACAAUCGCAAGCUACGAAGUUGCACGAGUGUUCCGUAGCUGUGUAAAAUACAGAACAGUAACUUCGUGAUAAAAAGUUUAAUGUUAUUCUCGACACUACAUCGUAAAGGCACAUCAGUGGGUACUUAGGGACUUAAAUAGUUAUAUAAUAUGAAUAAUAUAUAUUGCUCCAAUAAUAUACGGCACGGAUUAUAGCGUCUAGAAAAUUUCUCGAAUAAUUUUCUCUCAAAUUAUCAUUUAACCAACGGCACGAUUACUAUUUUGCCUACUGGAUUUCUUGCAAGAGCCAAUAACGAUGCAGAGUUUUACAUCAGGUGACUUGAGUCCUAAUUGGCUCUCGCAAGCAAUCCAGUAGAGAAAUUAGUAUCGUGUACCGCUGGAUUUACAUUACACAACGUGUUUGGAAAACUUAAUAUAUAGUAUUCAAAACUACGAAAUUGUUUAAUUAAUCCUUCUAAUUUCGUAAACAUGAUGUAUA